AAUACAAAAUUUUCCUUCAACAAAUCCAAUCAAUUUGAAUGUUGUUCAAAGCGCGAAUCAUAACCACACAAUGAGGAUCUGUCAAUAAGUUUGACAGCUGGUUUGCCGGGCACAUUCAUAUAGCUUGUACGCACAGCAUUAUUCAGUCACAAGUACACACUCUGACAUUGUGUUGAAGCAAAUAUAACAGCAAGUGGUUUAGUGCGCGAAACAGUCUGAAAGAUUCGAAAAUCCGACGAUAUUCACCGUAAUCAAUUUGUUCAAGCAGAUCUGCAAUCAAUAAAAAACGACGAAUAUCACAUUGCGACACUAUGAAAGAGGCAAAUACGAUUGGUGUGAUUCCCACAGUGAAUUUUAGCUUCAAAGUUUCAAACAUCAGCAAACUCGACGAAAUUUAUUCGCCAGAAUAUUUGGUUCAAGGUAUUCCGUGGCAGGUUCAAGUUUGCAAAACGGCCAGAGAUGGAAAAGAUAGUCUGGGCAUUUAUUUACAUUGUGCUAAAGAAGAAUAUGAGGAAAAUUGGUCGCAUGCUGCAUUCGCUAAAUUCAAGCUGUUGUCAUUUAACAACAACACAAAUCCAAUUCAAUGUUCAACUGAUCCUUACAUGUUCGAUGACAGUGGAGACGGUAUUGGCGAACAAUCGCUAAUUAGCUGGCAAGACUUGUUUGAUUCCAAGAAGAAUUAUGUGAAGAAUGAUACAAUCAAAUUGGAUAUCAGCAUUGCAGCCGCUGACUUAGAAGAAAACACCAGGAGCAAAAUAACAUUCGAAAAUGUUGACACGUGCUGUGAGGAGGAUUGCUUCACUACGUAUCGCUUGUCAAUCACCAAUAUCAAACAUCUGAUGGGUGUACGAACGCCAAAAUUUAACAUGCGAAAACUGCCUUGGGCCUUGACAGUUUUCAAAAGUUCUUCAACUUCACUCAAUGUUCUGUUGGAACCCAAGGUAUCCGUUGAUAAGUUUUCAUGCAAAACAAAAAUGUGGAUCAGACUAAUAUCGUCUAAAGGUGAUGAAAAGUCAAUCGAAGAAGCCGACAACGAAACUUUCGAAAGUGCGAAGAAAAUAUUUGUGGUUGAAGUUGUUUCAUGGGACGAAUUAUUCAAGCCGGAAAAUGGAUUCGUGAACAACAAUUCAAUCACCAUGGAAGUGGAAAUCAAAAUGAGCAAACCAGAGGUUGUUAUUGACGAUCAAAAUGACAGAGCAACAAGCUCAGAUUGUGAUGCUAAGCCGAAAAAGAUGGAAUGUUCUAUCUGCUUUGAAGCCAUUCGCAAUCAAGACGUGUCUUCAACCAAAUGCGGCCAUCUGUUCUGCAAGGGAUGUAUCACAAACUCAGUCAAGGCUCAUGGAAAAUGCCCAUUAUGCAAUGCUGUUGCUACUGAGAAUGACUUGCGUCCCGUCUAUUUGCCAUUCACAAACUAGGCACAUCAAUGGAUGGAGGACGAUCGAAUAGAGCAAAAAGAAUAUUCGACUACAAUAUACAACGCAAACCUGCUAAUAAAUACCCAAGGCUUUGAUUCUCUAACCAGGAGCAGUGCUUUUUAAUUAGAUUCAUUUCAUUACAUCAAAUUCCAUUAUUUUCCACUCAACAUUUUUUCGAUUACUCUCAUAGCCGUUUAAAUCGAUCAUCAAGUUUUCAGAAAAAAAUAAUCACAAUAUAUUAGUAUCAGUCUAAACAGAUUUGUUCUAUAAAGUAAUCAAAAGUCCAAACAUUCUGUCUUACCGGUUAAAUUUUAGUCGACUUUAGAAAAUAGUGAAUAAUUAGCAUGAACAAUAAGAAUAACAUCAAACACAAAAGUCCACAAUAAGACCUGAAAAUCGAAACCUAUUGUGAAAAAAAAAUUAUUUUUGAAUUUAAACAUCCUGAACUAAUUUCAAAUCUCAACAUGAAAUAGUAUGUAAGCAAUGUCGUUAUGGAGAAAUCAUAUAAAGAAUUCAUUUCCAAUAUCCUCAAAAUCAUGUAGGUUCAAUUUAUUCGUGUUUUGUUGUUGCUUGUUUUAUAAAAAACUUUGCUUUUGGAACGUGAAUAAAAUGAAAAAAUGAUUACACCAAGACAUUAUGUCAGCUUUGUUGGUUGGAAAUCGUCAAUUUCUUACUACAUUCUCAUUGGCAUUCAACAUUAAAACUCUGCUUACAAAAAACAA